UAUUCCAGAUCACAGUUUUGAGAUAAAGUUUAAUAAAAAUCUUUGCGCCAAUGAAAGCCUACCCUUUCACGUCCACCACCGCCACCACAAUGCGACAGAACUGCGGAGGAAGCCUUAUGUUUAACAUGUAUCUCUCAGACCCCACAGAAAAUCUUCUGAAGGAAAGCAAAAGCUCCUCUUGGACCCCUAUCAACACAGGCGUGCAAAAAGGAAGUGGACAAAUCCAGCUAUGGCAGUUUCUUCUGGAGCUGCUGUCUGACAGCGCCAAUAUGACUUGCAUCGCCUGGGAGGGAACCAAUGGAGAAUUUAAACUGAUAGACCCGGACGAGGUGGCCAGACGGUGGGGGGAACGCAAGAGUAAACCGAACAUGAACUAUGACAAACUGAGCCGAGCUCUGCGUUAUUACUACGACAAAAACAUCAUGACCAAGGUGCACGGAAAGCGCUACGCGUACAAAUUUGACUUUAACGGCCUGGCGCAAGUGUGCCAGCCCACCUCAACCGAACAAGCUAUUUACAAAUUUCAGAGCAACUUCGCUCCCAUCCAGUUUUCAGGCAUUUCCAAACUCAGUCUGGUCGCUCCAGGUGCUGGUCCGUCGGGGUUCUCAUACUGGCCCGGAUCUCCUCCGACCCUCUAUCACAGCCACAACCUGCAACCGCCAGGACCCUUCGGUGCCGUGUCUGCGUCUCAUUUAAGUUGCGUUAACAAUAUCAACAGUUUAAAUAACCUGAACAAUAUCAAUAAUCACUAUAACUGAUUUUUUUAUUCGUCUCAGGAUAGACUACACAAGGCUAACAUUCAAAAGCGCAACUGACUGAUUUCAAUAUUGUAGACUAAUCACACCCCAGAUAAGAAACAAAAUGAAAAAGGCCUUUAACAUUUAAGGAUAAUUUGGGAAUAACAUUUGGUGGAUUGUUAGUGUUGAUCACAAGACAAGAAAGCAAUUUAGCGCCAUCUUAUGGAAAAUAAAUCACACCAUCACUCUGUAUCUGGUUAAUUCAUCAUUAAAAUCAGCCGGACAACAGAAAGUCUUCGUAGCCUGCAGAAGUGAAGAGAAAAUUCUACAUGGUAUGAGAACAAAUGGUAAGAAGCAAACAUCUGUUCGCUACUACACUUUUGUAAUCGAGCAUAGUUAACACUCAAAUAUUUUUAUUUAUUUAAAGUCGAUAUUUACUCGUGGACGGUGUAGGUCUGAAUAUUGGGCAUAGGGCUACAUUUAAGAAGCGUAUGUCCUCAUAAACCGUAAAUAAUUAAUAUUUAAUUUGUAUUGCCCACUUUAACACACAAGGACUGAUCAGCAUUCUGUGUCCUUUUCUUGUUUUCACUCGACUGAUCAUUUGGCUAUAAUGUAUUUUGCUUGUGACAAUACAUUAAAAUUGUUAAUGUAAAAUCA